AUGCUCAAUUCUGUGUACAUAUUAGGACAUGAUGAUAGCCGGGAGACUAGAGCGAGGACGUUUUGUGGAAAGCCACGUGGCGGUAAUACCGACUUCUUGUACUGUGAGCAAUGGCGGGACGGGCCGCGAUGCGAACCCCUGAACCGCGACGAACGCGAAGAUUCGCCGCCGCGACUAGCGAGACCGAAACGCACCACCCGACAACCGAACAACUACGCUCGCGAGCAGAAACUCGAUCUUGAACGGAGAAAGACGCGCUCCCAACAGAAGAAGGCGCCAACCGAGCAAGAAGAACGUAUUUCGGCAACUUCGGGCGACUCCUCGACCGAGGAGGAGAACCUGAGCGUCGCCAGGAUCGUAAAGGAGCUGGUGAAACUCAGGAGAGAGAUCAGACAACGAGAUGAAUUAUACAAGGAAGAACUUCGGAAGGUCAAAGAAGAGUUUAGCGCCGCCCUUGCGGAAGUGCGGCACGAGCUACAGACAUUGACAGACACAUGCGCAACACCACAACUCCACCCUGAGGCAUGCUCUCAGGACAAUCAUGGCGAGAUUCUUCGUGAGACUCAGACUCUGCGCGAGGAAGUCAGCGUCCCCGUUCCCAUGAGUUCCCCGUCCUACGCAUCGAUGGCCCGCACGCCCCCGCUCAGCCACCCAAACAACAUGCGGACUCCCCCAGCAGUGAACACAAGACCAACCACUCUCACAGAGACGCUGUACUGUACGAUAGACACCUCGAAGAUGAUUGAAGAGAACGAGAAAAUAUCCGCAGGUCUGAUUAGGACCACAAUCGAGACAAACGUCCGGACAAUGGAAAAUCACACUCAGUGGCGCUGUCGCGCGGUCACAGUGGAUCCAAGAAACACUAACCGAAUCAGAGUCGCCUGCAGCGAUGAAGACGAACAUCAGCUAGUGAAACAAGUGGCGGAAACCAAGAUCAGGGCGGAAUCCCGGGUGCUGCGGGACGAGCUCUACCCGAUCAAGGUCGACAGCGUCAAGAGGGCUGCAGUACUGGAUGAGAACCACAACGUCUUAGCAGGAGCGGCGAUAGCCCUGGGCGAAGAGAAUGAAGCCACGGUCGCCAAAAUCACAUGGCUCAGCAGCAAGGAGGCCGCGAAGCCCUAUGGAUCAAUGGCCGUGUACCUAACCAAAUCAACUGACGCGCAGACACUCCUGGCUGAUGGAUACUUCCACGUCGGAGGAGAAUCGGGGACAACCAGCGUCUUCGAGUAUCGGCCGCGGCCAAUGCAAUGCUACAACUGCCAGGAGAUUGGCCACAAGGCUUUUCAGUGCAAAAAGACCCAGAAUGAAUUCUGUGUGGUGGGCCACAUGAAUCGUUCAGCAAGAACUGCCCGAAGCUCUACCCGCCAUGCAAUGAAUAAAACGCUCCGAGUGAUGCAACUGAAUGUGAGGAAACAGGGAGCAGUACACGAAAGCCUCAUGAACGACAAAAAUACCCGAAAUGCAGUAGCACUAGCGAUCCAAGAACCCCAGGCGAGGAGGAUUCAAGGCCGGCUCUUGACCACCCCGAUGGGGCAUCAUAAAUGGACCAAGAUGGUUCCUUCCAUACGGAGGGAAGGGAGAUGGGCGAUCCGAAGCAUGCUUUGGAUCAACAAGGAAGUGGAAGCGGAGCAAGUGCGGAUCGAGUCACCGGACCUAACAGCGGCCGUGAUUCGCCUUCCUGAACGACGGAUUUUUAUAGCAUCGGUUUACGUAGAGGGAGGGGAUGUCUCUGCGUUGGACGACGCAUGCGAUCACCUCCGGAAAGCAAUCACAAAGAUACGGCGAGAUACGGGGACGGUGGUGGAGAUCAUGAUCGUGGGGGACUUUAAUCGCCAUGACCAACUGUGGGGAGGAGACGACGUGUCCUCGGCCAGACAGGGCGAAGCGGAUCCAAUUAUCGACCUCAUCAAUGAAAUUGGACUCAGCAGCCUGCUUAAACGAGGCUCCAGGACAUGGCACGGCGGGGGAUAUUCUGGGGACUGCGAGUCGACGAUCGAUCUCCUUCUCGCCUCGGAAAACCUGACGGACUCGAUGAUCAAAUGUGCGGUCCAUGGAACGGAGCACGGCUCGGACCACCGUACCAUUGAGACCGUUUUUGACGCGCCUUGGACAGCCCCAAAGCUGACAGAACGCCUGCUUCUGAAGAAUGCACCGUGGAAGGAGAUCAAUGCCAGAAUCGCAAGGACGCUAGCUGCCACUCCAGUGGAAGGCUCCGUACAGCAGAAAACCGAUCGGCUCAUGUCUGCGGUGUCGGAAGCGGUGCGUGCGUUGACGCCGAGGGCCAAACCGUCACCGCACGCAAAGCGAUGGUGGACGGCAGAUCUGACACAACUUCGUCAGAUAUACACGUAUUGGAGAAACCACGCCUGCUCGGAACGACGGGCAGGGCGAAAGGUGCCCCAGCUGGAGGACAUGGCCGCAAGCGCUGCGAAGCAAUACCACGACGCAAUCCGAAAACAAAAGAAGAAACACUGGGAUGCGUUCCUGGCCGACAACGACAAUAUCUGGAAAGCUGCCAAGUAUCUGAAAUCAGGAGAAGACACAGCCUUCGGGAAGGUACCGCAGCUUCUCAAAGCAGAUGGAACGAUUACCACCGAUCAUGAGGAGCAGGCGGAAGAACUACUGACCAAAUUCUUCCCACCGCUGCCGGAUAGCAUCGACGAUGAGGGAAUCAGACCACAAAGAGCGCCGGUAGAGAUGCCAGCCAUCACCAUGGAAGGGGUAGAGCGGCAGUUGCUCGCAACGAAGUCUUGGAAGGCGCCAGGCGAGGAUGGCCUGCCGGCCAUAGAAGACAUUCCCAACGAGUGGAUACCGCACUUCCAGGAAAACACACGCGACAGCUGUACGACCGAUUAUCAUGGAAAGAAGCGAGCCUGCUGGCCCAGCUCCGCACCGGCAUGGCAAGACUCAAUGGAUAUCUCUUUCGAAUCAAUGCCGUCGUGA